CGGGAAGCGGACGUUUUCACGGAGCUACUUCCGGGUUGUUGUCACGGACGCUUUCUGUCCCCGGAAAUAACCAAAAUAACUGGAUAUCACAGAGCACUGAUUAACUAACGGGAUCAUUUGAUCGAUCGAUUUCAGUGUUACCAUUCUAACAGUGAGGCUUCACGUGAAACCGCACGGCUAAUGACGAAACUGCGCGGCGCAAUUUUCAGUAACGUUCAGUGACAACGACAGAUAAGCUUCCAAUCACAGUCACAUCAUUUUAUUACACGCUGAACUGUCUUUACCGUGUCAUUGCAGCUAUAAGAGGCUUCCGCAGACAAAUGUCAGCAAUAAGUGACGGCAAAUGAUGCUGGUCAUGUUUUCCCGACCUGUAAUGGACUAACAUAGUAUCGAGAGAAAAGGAGAAUAUAAAGGAGCGUGUAAAAGGGCGGUAUGGAGUGGCCGGGGGAUUUUCCUGAUGACCAUGCCUUUGUGGAGCUGAUGGUUCCUGGGCUUUCCAGUGAAAUGGACUUUGAUCAGUUCCUCAAAGACACAGAGGAGAAACUCAAUCUCAAUGCCAACAGCAUUGAACAGCAGCUGAAGGAGCUCCAGGCCAAAAUGAGUGACUCCCGGGCAGGGGAUCGUCCCCCGAGCCCCUCGGAGUGCCUGCAGUGGUUCAACCUCAGAGCACACAGCAGUUUCAGACCUGUUACCACAGGACAUCAAGAGCUCAUGGAGUUCUUCAGAGCUUUGCAACAGUACCUGAGGUCUGAAGACGAGGGGAAAGAGGAGGCGACGCUUCAACUCCUGCUGAAUCUCUCUGCCCAGUGUGGUGUCUGCUUUCCCUGUACCCCAUCCUCUUGCUCCUCUCUUCACCCUCAACCGACUGCCUCCUCCGUCCACUUGGUACAUACAGUCAGAGAUGAUGCUUCAUUAGAGAUCCAGGAGGUCUGGGAUGAUGUGCGUCUCCAGCUGCGGUGCCACCUGCUGGACCGGCUGUCUCCCCGCAGCCCAGAGCAUCCUGGUCCAGCAUCUAUUUCCACUCUGUCCAUCCCUGAUCGGGUCCACUGUCUGCAGCAGCUGUUCUUUCUUUAUCCUGAGUCUGAGGUGCUCACACAUUACCAGCGUCUGAGAGGUCAGUCUGUGCUGGAUCUUCUUCUUUCUGCCCUGAGCUCAAGCCCAGGUGGAGAGACUGGUUUUGACAGACUGGCCACAGGCUUCCAUUCCGCGGUCCCGGCUCUGACCCAAGCCCUCACAGAUGAGCUCCAUGUCCUUUCAAGACUAGCGGAACCGCACACCAUCCUGGGUUUCCUUAAUACGGCCUACCUCAGCACUGUCACCCAUGAACUCGCCUCGCAGAUGGAGAGAGAAUGUGAGACAGCCCUGAGGGACAACACCACGCUCAGCAGCAAGAUUAAGAAAUAUUCAGCCAGGUCCCGGGCAACUGUAGCGCCAAUGGAGCUUCCCAUGAAGAACAGGAGCUUCAGUUUGACCUCCCACCAGCUGCGGGCGUUAACCCAGCUGGCCUGCACCCUGCUGGGCUUUGAGAGGACUGUAAGGGAGCUGGUCACGAAUAUGACCUUUGUUGAUUGCACAGGAGAGACUCCCUCUAUAAAAGGUAUCUUGAAAAAAAGCAAAGAGGAUUCACAAACGAUGACAGAUGGCAAGAAAUCCCCAGCAGAGGCAUCUCUCCACACACCAGAGGCGAAGGUUUUGGAGUUUGACUGGAGGUCAGCUUUUAGGGGACUGGUUCCUCACAUGGCCCACUGUGUGAAAGUGGUGCUGGAUGAUGCUUGUGCCAAGAGCUUGUAUCAGGAAGAGGCCUUACAUUCGUCAGGACACACCUCCGUUACCAUGGCCAGCACUACUGGAGACGCCAGCAACACACAACUCAGAGAAGACUCCUUCUACACCUACUCAGAGAGAGACACUCCAAAAAUGAUUGCCAAGUUCUGCGGAGCAAUCGUGAUGGAGCUGGAUGCUUUACUUCCCUUGGCAGCAGCCUGCAGGGAAAGCUCUCUACUGGAGGUGCGAUCGAGCUUUGUGGAGGCAUGUGGCAGGGCAGCGUUUGCUGUGCUGGACAGGUUGCAGGAGAGGGCCCUGGAGGUACCAACCUCUGCACCCCUGAAGAACCUGCCCGCUCUGCUGGCCACUUGCAUAUACGUGCUCCAGCGACUGGAGCACUACCGUGGCAGGCUGAAAGAUUCAAAUGCUACUGCAGCUAAAGUACCUCUUACCCUGCUGCCUAUCCAGAAGUGCCACGAGACAGUGGAGGCCUUGAGAGACCAGCUGACCAGCUACUGUAUCCAGGUUUGUUCCACCUGCAUUCUUCAGGAUGCCGAGAGUCACCACUGGGCUGACCCCAAACCUUUCUACGAGGGCGAGCGCUGUUCCUUCUCGGUGCAGAUGUGGUUCUACUUCCUGUGUGGGCUCCGUAGCGACCUGUGGGCGGUCCUUCCACCAGACUUGGCCAAGGAGGUGCUCGGCCAGGUGCUGUCAGAGACAUUACAGCUGUUGGUGCGAAGAUAUGCAUGGGCCCGUCCUUCGUACAAAAGACACCUGCAAAUCAGGUGUGACAUUACAGCAGUGUUGCUGUAUGUGGAGCAGCUCAUGUGGAGUGUUUGUCAAAGUCCUGAGGCAUUGGUGCGCUCCAGUCCUUAUUCAGCAAUCGUCAUCACAGCGGGCGGAUCAGACUGGCUGUACCAAAUUCACAGCCUGUGUGAGCAGCUCCUGACAGUCCUCGUCAUUGUCACAGCACCCUUGUCUUUGCUCUAUAGGAUAUUUACGGUUGAUCAGGUCAAAGAGUCUGCGACACAUGAGUCUGACGGCCCUGCUGUCCACUGGCUAAAUGCUAUGAACCCUGACCUCUUUUCAGAGCAGGUCCUACGAGAUGGCCUUAUGGGCCAGGCGGCCUCUGCAUGUCAGCUAAGGCUGCUGACCUCUGACCCAGGACGCAAUCCCAGGUUGCUACUGCGAAUGCUGCUGUACAGAGACUGUCACCUGCCCAGAAUGCUCCUGGAAAGCUCUCAUAUUUGCCAGGAGAGCUCCUUAGAAAUGUCUGCAGAGAGCUGCAAGGCAGGAGAUGACUUCAUAGUUGCAUUGUUCAAUCUUUUCAGUUGCCUGAACAAUGUUCCCAAGGCCUUGACUCAGGCCCUUCAAACAUACCUGGAAAGGGCACAGAUAUGGGAACAUCUGUACACACUGGCAGAUACAACACAGACGGUACCUGCUGUGGUCAGCUGUGUCCGGGCGAUAGUCACCAAGUCUACCAACAGCCUCUUGGUACACCUGGUGUCCAUGGUGAUGGGUUGGCAGGCCACCGAAGAGCCCAGUGGAGCCCUUUUCAAGCAGAAUGUACCGGAGAGUGUCCUGGCCAAAAUACCGAAGGAGUGGAACUACACACCACUAGAAGCAAAGGGAAAAGAGCCUGCUACAAAGACUGUCAUAUCCUUAACUAUUCAAGCCUUGUCCUUCAUUUUCACCAACCUGCCCUUGGCCGUAGCAUCCGUGCCUCUUCCCAUUCGCUACCUCUUCCAAGUGGCAGAGAAGCAACUCUCCCAGCAUUCCCGGCAGCUGCGCUUAGUGGGCUUGUUACUCUGGGCACUGCUUGGCUGUCUGAUCCAGGGCCUGGAGGACCCACACACAAUAGAACAGAUCAGUGGCCUGGCCCUGGACCGUGGGGCAAAGGAGCCGCUGUCCCUGCUGGCUGAGUGCCUACAGGCCACCAUGGGCAUUCAACAGAAGGGUGUUCCUAAACCCACAAUGCACAAAGUGCUGCAGACUCUGGAGGAAAAAAGACCCAAGUGGAUGAACAUGCAGCUGCAGAAGGCACGCAAGCUCUGCUCAGACAGCGUAUUUGAGCGAGGACGGGAGAGCGGAGUCGCUGCGGCUGAACUGACUGAGCAGAAAAUAGGCCUGAUGCUGCUGGAGGUCUGCCACAAAGCAGGUGGCAGCGACUACCUGAGGCAGAUCUAUCACAUCAUCCAAGGCAAUGAGUGGGCUCCUAGUUCCCCUCCUGGCAGCUCGAGUAUCUCUAUCCGGCGAAGGUCGAGGCAGGAACACACAGGUCAGGGACAGAGUGGGCCGCUGGUGAGGCGGAGGGAUACGAGGUUCGGAGGCCAUGUCAAGCUGACGGAUGGGAAUAUAGUGGAUUCACACGAGGAUGCCCAUGAAUUAUUAAUGUAUAAACUAAGCGGAGGCGCAGACUCGCCCAGUAAUCCUCCUCACUUGGUGAACUUUGACCUCUGCUCUGAGAGUCAAGGGGACACAUCCAGCUUCGACCCGCUCCACCAGUUUGACCACAUUGGCAGGAAAAAGCUGGAUCAGAGUGCCGUGGUCGACUGGGCAUGGGACUGGCCGAUGCUGCUGCCAGCCUAUCAGGGCAUGAGUCAGGUCACCUUCAAAACUCUGCUGGCCAACAGAGGGUGUGAAUGUGUGGGAAAAGAGGGGCCUGGUGCCUUCGCCCCAGCAGAAUGGAUCAGCUUGUGUUUCUGAGGCUCGAGAAGUGUCCCAUUGUCAUGAUGUCACUGCAACUCAAGACAGCUGACCUCUGACCCCUAUGGAUUCAUGGCAGCCCACCGCAUCCACCGCCACACCCCCACAACGCCAAGAGGGCCAGAUUGCCGCUGGGCGCCCACUAGGGGGUACCCAAGCCUUUUGCUGUGGAAUUUCGAGGUGCUUGCGGCUUUACGGCAAACAACUCAUAGUAAAUUUGCCAAUGAAUCCGUCCGUCUAUGUCCCCCUGAUUAGGGGUCCUUUCCCUCGCGCCUUUCUUGUCUUGCCUUCCCUCAGUCGCUCUGCCAUCUCAGCCAACCAUGGCUCUUUCUCUCUCUCUCUCUUUCUCUCUCCCUCCUACACUAGUUGUCUCGGUGCCCAUGAAUAUAGCAAGCGCCGCCAGAUGUCGCAAAUACAUCAUCUGAGGGAUGCAGCGCUGAUGGAAAAAAAGUCAAGGCACGUACGAGUGGGGGAUGUGAGCCGACUUGAGCUCUCUGAGCGAUUGUGUGUGUGCGCGUCUGUGUGUGUGUGUCACUGUAUGCCAGCAUUCAACUGUGCAUGCACGUGCGUGUCCGUCUCUCUGCUCUCUGUCGCGCCUGUGUGUGUGUGUGCGCGCGCGCGUGUCUGUGUGUGUACGCGUGCGCCUACGUGCGCGUGGGUGAGUGCGUCCCUUUUGUGUGCGUACGCAUGUGUGGAGGUCACAGCAGGUCAGCAUAUUGUCCCUCAGAUGUUUGAUAUUUUAUGUAUAAGAGGGUGGCUAGAGCGAGAGGAUAAGCACGUUCCUGACAGAGGCAUCUCUCCGCCACAAUCCGCCACCUCAGCAAUGUAGAGCCCAGAGUCAGAUCAACAAUGGAGGGGAGGUGCCUUAUACCCAGAGAGGGCUGAUGGGAGGAAGAGAGAGAGAGAGAGAGAGAGAGAGAGAAAGGGGGAAAAAAAACCUAGAAAACCAGGACUGCUGCCGCCGCCGCUACUGCUGCUGCUGCUGGGGCAGACGGCGGUGCAGCCUGACAGCUCUGUUGCAAUAAAACGACUAUGAUUACACAAUAUUGUGUUUACAUAUGCAGUGUGCUGUACUGGAUGCAGCAAGGCCCGUCAUAAACAUUCAACAAGAAUACAUAAAAGCUCACUCAUCUACGCGGACCGAAGGGAAACAUUCGACAUGCAGCAACGCCAAACCCACACAAGCUCGUAUACAAUGCAGGUGUGUGUGUGUGUGUGUGCGUGUAUGUGUGUGUCUGUGGGCCAGUCAGGCCGGGAUGGGCAGUGGCAUCCUCAGAUCAGCCCGUGUCGGGAAGGAGAUUCCCCAGAGUGGAGCUAUCCCAAAAAGCGCUCUUCUCUCUUUCUCCUUCAGGGGAAAAAGUUUACUGCCAGCUUGCUUUUGUAGUCGGCCUCAAAAGAUUUGCGGCAGUCAGCAUUAAAAGGCACAGAUCUAAGGAGAC